AUGUCUCUAGGAGCAACUACCGAACGGCCCUCGGCCUGGUGGAGGGCCUGCUCGUCAAUGACUAUGUUCCAGGUUGGCGCUCUGUGUAGGAGCUUUUUACUGGGAUUGAACAAAUUGGAAGUCAAUGGACUGGAGCAAUUUACAGAGCUACUGGAUUCGCGCCGAGAUCCAUCCAAGAGGACGCGCGGGUUAAUUACAGUAUCUAAUCACAUUAGCGUUAUGGAUGAUCCUUUGAUGUGGGGAGCUUUACCAUUUAAAUACCACUUCAACCUACCUUCUUAUAAUCGGCGAUGGGGGUUUGGUAGUCAUGAUAUUUGUUGGGCUACUCGUGCCGGAGGAGCUUUCUUCACACUUGGACAGGUUCUACCCACACAUCGACUCGCGUACUCACCUUACGGCGGCUUGUUCCAGCCUACAAUGACGCAGGGGAUUCGGCUUUUGUCUAAAGGGCCGUUCCCCGCUGACCCUCAUUUUGCGAAUAUCGAGCGCCAACGCUGGAGUCUUCGAAACGUCUGUGUGGAUCCGUUUUCCGAUCUUCCUACCGCAUACACUACCACCGGCGAGGAUUCAAUCAUGGCCCCCUCGUCAUAUGCGUGCAAUUCCUAUUCGUGGGUUCAUAUAUUUCCGGAAGGGAUGAUACACCAGUCUCCGAAGAAGGUUAUGCGGUAUUUCAAAUGGGGCGUUUCUCGUCUCAUCUUGGAGUCAUCUGAAUGCCCCGAUGUCGUCCCGAUCUGGAUCGAAGGCACAGAUGAAGUCAUGCAUGAAAAUCGCGGGUUUCCACGCUUUCUCCCUCGGGUGUUUAAGCGUGUUAGCAUCACAUUCGGCGAUAAAGUUGACAGGGAAGCUGUUUUUGGUGACUUGCGACGACGAUGGCAACAAUUGAAGGAGAAGGCGGCAAAACGCAAUGCAUCAGUAGCGCAGCUACCGCUCGGAGUGUUGAACGAGGAAUUAAUGUACGGGGAAGAAGCCGUUGAAUUGCGGAAGGAAUGCACUAGAAAGGUUCGCGAUCUGGUGGUCGCUUUGAGGCGGUCUCGAGGUCUAUCAGAUGAGGAUCCUAAGGCCAGUCUUGCGGAAACUUGGGCGCAAGAGGGCCCGAAGAGGGAAGGAAAAAUGAAUGAUGAAUCUUGGUACAACAAGUACUCCUCUAUUAAACCUGCUAGUACCGUUCAUCCCUCGUUAGAAUCGUCAACCACCAAACGGCAGUAUGGUAACUCUUCACGUUCAGGAUCUGAGACGACCUCGUCGGUAAAUGACCUCAUCCACCAUCUUCGUCGAACCCAGGUCGCUGGUACUUCUAACGAUAGCCCUUCGAAUACUUCACGGGCCUUGACGCAACGCUCGCUUCAUCCUUCUCUCAGGAAUAUCCUCGAUAUCCCAGAGACACCGCCACCACGACGACGCUCAAAUGCGCGGCCAGUAGGUGGCCGGUUGUUUCGUAGAACUCCCGGGCCUCCACCUCCGUCUAGCUGGCUACAAACCCAGGCACCAAGAAACGAGACGGAUGAAGUUCGCGGUAUUUCAGUAGGUCACAAUCAGGUCAUUUACCGACUUGAGCGACUUCCCGGGGUGAAGUUCCCGCCGAAGGAUGGCUUGCAACAUGCCGUGUUGAAGUCGAUGGCAGUCAACUGGCCAUGGCAUUUGGAGUAUGACAAUGAGUUUUUAUUAGAGAUUCCAAGUCGGCUCAAACUACUGUUGUUGAGCUAUAUCGCUACACAUAUGUCCAGAUCUGAUACUACGUCUUCGGCGAAUAUUCUUAAUUACUUUUUCUCAUCGCCAGAGGCAGCAUCCGGAGAUGAAGUGGGUUAUGUUACUCGCUUAGAUUUGAGUGGCGCAGUCGGGAACUGGAUUAGUAUGAAGCUUUUAAGCAAGCAACUUCUGCUUCCUCGCAAGGAGAAAAGCACGCCGGUCAUUAAGAGGGAAGAAGCGGUCCCCGCAUCAUGGGAUGAUAGUGAGGAUUCGACUGAGGCCGCCGAUGCGCAUUCUGUAUCGUCGCCGAGUUCGCCUCUCUUCAAAUCACCAUCUCAAGUUCUCCGGUUCCCAAAUCUGAAAUACUUGUCUCUUGCCCAUCCCAAGCGUACAGCAGCUAAUUGGGGCUCGCUUCUUAAUCUGCUCUCGCACAUCUCUACACUCACUCAUUUGUCCCUUGCGCAUUGGCCAAUCCCAACACUGACUCCAAAUCUAAUCAAUGAGCGAGUGAAGCAUCCAACGAUAAGAUCUGUGUCGUUUGCUGCGGGUGGCACGGAUUCGUACAGCAUUGACGAAAACAACUGGGUUGAAGCCGUGAAUAUCCUACGCAGACUUUCUCGUGCAACAUAUUGUCUCAAAUGGCUAGAUCUGGAAGGAUGUGGUGAGUGGUUUGGAGCUCUUAGCUGGGACGGCCGCACUUUGCACGACGAUGAACCGUUCCAAACGCUUGCAUCAGCAUGGAAUGGAUCAUGGCGAGAUAUUGAGUGGAUCGGCCUCGGCCCUGGCUGGAUACCUUCAGAAAAUAUUGAUGCCGAUGAUUCCACCAUCUCAUUCCUUCCACUCGCUGCAUCUAGGCAUUCUCCGGCAUCCCAGCCACGAGGGGCACAGGUGAGAAUUUCCGAUAACGAUCUAACCUCUAUGCUCACGGAGCAAGAUCUACGAGACGCUGAGAUUGCGCGCGAGAAGCAGCGUCGAGUCAAUGAAUGGAAGGCAUAUGAAGAAACUUUGCGAAAGGCUCGUCGAGUUGAGAAGCAUAUUCAUCGUGUCCGGCGUGAAGGUGGUGGGAAAUGGAUACAUUUCUCUUUCGGGGUUGAUGGACUAGAAGAGAGAAAGGCAUUGGACAAUGUUUUGACCAAAAUCGAUUCAUAAAGCGUACUGCUAGGGCUCGCUGUAUAGAUAGAAUAUGGAACUACUUCUUUACUUG